AUGGACGAUUUUCCAAAUGUUUAUGCCUACUGUCAGCGCUUGAAACACCUAUCUGAUCAGUUGAGGAAUGUUGGAGCUCCUGUCACCAAUCAUCGCUUGGUUCUCCAAUUGGUUUAUGGUUUGACUGAGCCUUUUCGUGGUGUUGCCACACUGAUUCAUCAGAGCAACCCCCUACCCACAUUCGCCCAUGCUCGCUCCAUGCUGACUCUUGAGGAAGCUGGUCUGGCGAAAAUGCAGCACACUACCACUCACACUGCUAUGCAUACUUCGUCUCCGAGGGACUCUGAUGACUCCUCCCAGCAACGCUCCAACCGUUCUGAGUCUGGUCGCUCGAACAAUCGUUCUGGAUCUAGUCGCAAUCGCGGCAAUCAGGGUCGAUCUGGUAGACAUGAUCAGCGCGGUGGAUUCCGAUCCAAUGGCUCAUCUGGCUCCUCUGCUUCCUCUGCUGCAGCUCCCUCCCCACCAUGGCAGCCACCUCAGUAUCCAUCUUGGAAUCCCUGGAGUUGGGCUCCUCCUCCUUGUGCUAUGCCACCUUGUCCUUAUCCCACCUCUCAAUGGACUCGCCCCACUGGUCCUCCGCGCCAGCCAGGCAUCCUCGGUGCUCGUCCUCAGGCAUACACUACCACCGCUUCCCCAACACCCACUGACAUUGCGGCUGCCAUGCACACAAUGACUCUUACUCCUCCCGACAGCACUUGGUACAUGGAUACCGGCGCGUCAUCUCACUCAGCGGCAUCACACGGUAAUCUAUCGUCUUAUUCUAAUUUGAGUCACUUAAAUCAGAAACUGAUUGUUGGUAGUGGUCAGGGUAUUCCAAAUCAGGGCUCCGGUCACACAUCCAUUCCCACCUCAAACCACCACAAAUCUCUUGACCUUAACCAUGUCUUGCACACACCUGAUAUUAUUAAAAUUUUAAUUUAUGUGCGACAACUCACUACUGACAAUAACGUUUUUGUUUCCUUUGAUCCUUUUGGUUUUUCGGUCGCUGAUUUCAAGACGGGGAUCCCUCUUCUGAGAUGUGAUAGUGUCGGCGAUCUCUAUCCAAUCACCAAUCCCACUCAUUUUGCUGGUCUUGCUUCCGGUGUCUAG